CCUCGGCUUUCGAGUGUUAUAGACGCGAGUUCGGAUCCAAAAAGGACACUGGGCAGUGAGGAGCUCUUAAAGUGCAUUGAAACCAGAAAUCAGAUUGCAGCGAAAUUAUAAUCAAAAAAAAGUAAAAAUCUACUUAAGAGAUACCAAAAAAAAAACGAACCUCAAUGAACGGUAAAAAUAAGAGUUCCAAUCGUAAGCGAAAGGCGAACCAAGUUUGUAGCAUACUUUUUUGGGUUUACGUCAUGUUUGUCUACGCGAACCGCCAUUUGUGCUUGUGUGCUUGAGUCCGCACACAAACACGCACACCAUUAUGUCGCCUGUAUUCGUGUUUGCGCCUGUGUCUGUGCCUGUGUUCCUGUGUUUGUGUUUGCAUCGGUGUCUGUGAGCCAGAAUGCAUGCCAAUCAGAAUCUGAAUCAGAAUCCUGAGUCCUGAGUCCUGAAUCCUGAAUCAUCGACUGUCCAAACAUCGUGCAUUGCUUUUGUCCACCUGGGCUAAUUAGCUGCAGGUGGCGUUGCAGGUCCUUGUGCCGUUUUACCUUCAAGCUAAGCAAAAAAAACGUAGUAAAUGAACAAAAGAAAAGCAACAAAAAUCAAAAGUCAAAAUCAAAACAAGACAAACAUAAAUGUAAAUUGGUAUGCAAAUAAACUAAACAAGAGUUGCCGAUGCAACAGCAACAACUACAGUUCAAACAGAUAAAACAACAUCUACAACAGCAAGCAACAACAAACAACAAUAAACAAGAACAGAGUUACAGCAACAAGAACAACAAUAACAACCGCUGCUAGUAGAUUAUAAACUUAACAAAACGUACAACAUUUAUGUAAUAUUUACAAUUUUUGUCGAGGCACCCAAGCAAAGUAACAUUUUGCAACGUAGACUCUUAGGCGUCGCACACAAAAAAUACCCAAGAACACAACAGCAACAUCAGCAACAUCUGCAACAUCAGCAACCAGAGCAAUAUACAACAUCCAUCCGUAACCGCAAACAUCCAACAAUCCACCAUCGCUACCACCACGAACCACAUGAGCCUGAACAAGAUCAAGAAGCGGGACGCGAGCGACUUAUGACUGAUGCGCUCCAAGGGCAACGUCGGCGUCGGCGUGGGCGUUCCCGUCGGCGUCGCCGUUGGCAGCGGCAGCCGGUACAAGGUGACGGCCCGCUGCGUGCCCGAAGUGAGCAUCACGUCGCCGACGACUGCAUCCGGCGCCAUCCAGCCCAAGCACUUUGCCCUGCUCCGCAGUCGCUCGCAACCGUCGCCGCCGACGUCUAACAGCCUUUUCUCCACGCCAGGCGGGGCCACUCUGGUCGAGGAGGAGGAUUUCAGCUUGGCCAGCGGCAGCGGUACAGCGGCCAAGAACGUGCUCCAGCGCCAGCUGGCCACCACCGUUCAGCAGGAGGAUCCGGAUCUGGAGCAUUCGGCGCAGGAGCAGCACAGCAAGUUGCCUGAGCCGGCGGAACCGCCCAACGAGCUCACUCCGCUGGUGGAAGAGCCAGGUUCCGUGGCGCCAACCACUUCUACUCAUCGCUACAGUCACAACUCCAAGACCACUCGCUCGUGGCCGGUCAUCUACCGCAAUCCUCACCACUGCGAUUACGAGGCUUUGUACGUGCAACAGCAGCAGCAACAGCAGAGCUUCAAACAGAACUGCUACUCCAAUCAGUUCAAGCAGUCCAUCGUCUACUCCAGCAGCAAUGAGGAGCUGCCCGGUGGAGAGCCGGUAGCCUCCAGUUCCGCCGAGAACCGCCAGACCACGUGCUACUACUUUGCACCCAGCCGGCACAACAGCAUUUAUGAGCACCCCUCCUCGGUGGUCGGGGGAUCCCUGCAGUUCGAUAAUCCAACCACCACAGCAGCAGCGGCGGCAGCCGUCGAGAGUUUGAGGCGAAGCAACAGCAUCCUGUUGCGCCAGAACAGCUGCGCCAAGGUCAUUCAGCGUCGCGGCAGCGGUAGCGGUUCACCCACCUCCCUGGGCUCCCAAAUGGAGGGACUGGGCAUGGGCAUGGGCGGUGGGGGAGCCGGCAGCUGCUGCUCCAGCUGCUGCAUGGGCCCACCACCGGUGCUCUUCCUGUUCGUCACCCUGCUGAUGACCACCAGUGCGACGGCCAUGCUGUGCGCCGCCAUCAACGACCACUGGGAGCAUGUCACGUGGGACCGCAACAGCCUCGAUCGCUACACGAAUCGGUCGGGAUUGCACCUGGAGUGGCUGCUCGACGACCAGGUGGCCAUGCUCAAGCCGGACAAGAGGGCCGAUCAUCGCUUCCGGCGCGACUCCGUGUUCCUGGUACCCAUGCACGGCGGCAUCUGGACGCUGUGCAUCGAUCUGCCAAUUCAGCAGCUGCAGGAACUGCGGCGCAAUCCCAAGUUCCCUCGCGGUGCUCCGCCAUGCGUCAACUACCUGGCCGGCUCCAUGGAGAAUGCCCGCGGUGAGGAGCAGCGCAACGACUGGCAGCACAGUGAGUCAGGUCAGGUCACUCUGCAGCCGCAUCUGAGAAUGCAAAAUCUCUCCAUAUCCUGCUCAUUGGUCUGCCUUAUUAUCCUGGGCAGUGCUGCUCUGGUGGGAGCUUUUGGCGUCUGCCAGCGCCAAAUCAGCGCCAUUCUCAUCACAGGGGUUAUGUAUUUACUGGCGGCACUCUUUGCCCUCUUCACUCUGAUGAUCAUCCACUUCAAGCGACAGCAGGGACGCCCUAUGCUGGACAGCGACUACGAUGGCACCGUGGACGGGAUAGUGGCGCGACCAGGAGGCGUAGCCAUCAUGGCCAAGCCGCUUCUGGGGGCACGCAUCUUCCUCACCUCGUGGAGCCUGGACUUGGGCUGGGGCGGGGUGGUGCUGUGUGCCAUUACCUCGGUGCUGUGGAUCCUGCUGUCCAAGAUCAUGCGCUAUAACCCCUUCUCGGCGCUCAUGAUUUAGCUAAACGCCUUGCCGCUCGGCGUCUACGGAGCCAGCUACGGAAGUCUGGGCAGCUGUGAAAGCUACGGCAGCUACGGGAGCACCCACACCCACAGCGGCACCAGUAGUGGCGGCAGCUCCAGUUUCCUCCUGGCAGCGGUCUCGUCGACGCGGCAAGCGGAGCACCGGGGCAAGGGCAAAUACAUCCUGUAGGCAACGCCCUGCCCCGACCUCACUUUCUAACUAACCGGAUUUUCGACCUUACUCAACUUAUUUGGGAUAGACUUCCGAGGGCAUUAAACAUGUAACAUUUGUAAAAGGUUUUUGAUUUUGGAGGCUGAUGUCGUCUUUUUAAAGAUUUUUGCUAUACUUAUGCUUGAAAUACUAAGUUAUUUAGUUAAAGGCCCUUGGAAGUAAAUCCUCUUAUUCCUAUGUGAACCACUUUUUAGUUAACUAUGUUGGAAAUGUACCAAACUAAAAAACUCAAUUGCCUUGUUCUUUAUAUAUACACACACAACUUAUACAACUUAAUCUUAUACUUAUUCUUAUUGUACGGUGAACUUAUCUUAACUUAACUUAACACAAUUGUAAAUUCAAUUUACACCAUCUCUUUACAAGUAGACCUUUUUGUAUACAUUCGAUUUGACUCUAAUUCUACACGACUCUAAACACCCCACUAAUCCUAGCUAAAAUGUGAGACAUUUAUAACACGAAACGAGCGAAAUGGGAAUCUUAAUUCCCCCGGUGGCUUUGGCUUUAAAGUGCUUUCUAGUAACAGUUCGCUUGCAUAGCGUUAAUCCAGCCCAAAAAAUAGUUCAUUGGUUGAGACAGUUGCUUGAAAUUAGACAAACUAACUGGAGAAAUGGACGGAUAUUCAAAAACCAAAUUGCUUGGAGAGGAUAAAAUCAUGAGAUGCAAAAGCUGUAGCUUUGUUUUCCCAAAACUUUGUCCUCCAUCCAGUUGGUUUAGUAGAAUUUUAGGGCUUGUCAUGACAUCAGCAUAAUGAAUUGUAGAACUUACAAGUACUUCUAGAGCUGUAUGUAAUGAGAUCAUUUAGUGCUUUAGAACAAAUGGUUUACAAAACGAAUUGUACUUGUAUAGAAGCCACCACAAACCAAACAAAAUGCUAAAGUAUAAAAAUGUAUUUUUAUGCAAACGCUUUGCCUUAAAAACAAACAAAACAAGAACAACUUAUUUAAAUACAAGAAGAUA